AUGCACAUCCCUGACUCUCUUCGAGGAGACAGGCUUUUGACUAUCAAGGGAGUGCCGCUUAAGGCUAGCAAAGAUUUUAGGUAUCUGGGCUAUAUCAUACAGACAAGAAGGAAUGGCACUAAGGGGCUUCACAAUUCAAUAGCAAAGACUCGGGCAAGCUGCAUGGCUCAAUUUGGGAUGCUUGCUUCCCUAAGGGAUGUCUCAAUUGAAAGGAAGGCAACUAUUCUGCAAGCCUGUGUCUCUACCGUUAGCGUCUACGCGAAAGAAGAAUGUGGAUCUGAGAAUAUGUCGAAGCCAAAGUGAGAUCACAUGGAGAGGAUUCAGAGAAGAAUGGCCAGGUGGCUCUUAGGGGCCCCGAAUGGUACAGCUAACGAAACGGCUCUGAUGGAAUUGGGAUGGGUCUCCCUUCAGGGGAGGAUUGCUGCAAGAUCCCUUAUUUUCAGGCUGAGGUGCCAAAGGAGCAAAAACUGACUCACUAGAGCUCUUAUGUUCUUCAAUGUCAAAGAAAACUUGGGCUGACAAGCUAGAUGUGCAGAACAGCUCAGAGGAUACUCAAUUGAGGACUGCCUCAAUGAUCAAAGGAACCAAGAAGAUAGAAAAUGGGCUUUAGAUGUUCAGAGCAAGAUUCGGGUCACAGAAUACACCAACAGAGAAUGCAGAUUAUGUCUGAGGAGAAGAAGAUGGCUCGACUAUAUGCUUAUUUGCAACAGGGAACCCAGGAGAUGGAAAAAAGCCUUUGUACCUUAG